AUGGAUUAAGAAUAAAAUAAGGAUUAAACUUAUUAAACUUAUGAAAUUUUUAAUUCAGUCGAAGUUUAGAAAAGAUAAAAUCUAAAGGAGGUUAAAUAAGAUCAAGAAUUAAUUUAAGAAAACAUCCUUUAGGAUGAAGAUUAUUUAUAACAUGAAUAAAAAACAAUAUUUUAGAUUAAUUAAGCUUCAAAAUUUUAAAGUGAUUUAAAUAAAGAGGUCGAAGAACCUAAAAUAAUGACCUAAAUUUAAAGAUAAGUUAAAUAGAAAGAGAAUAAUAAGAAAGAAAAGUUUCUUGUUGAAGAAAUCUAAAUAAAAACAACAUAAAUCAAUAAAGUAUAAGAAAACUAAUUAAAAACAGAAAAUGGACUACUAUUUAUUUAAGCUUAAUAAGAAAGUAAGCUAAUUUUAAAUCCAAUAAUGCCAAAAUUAAAUAAAAAUAUUUAAGAGGAUUAUGUGAAUGUAAUUUUUGGUUUAUAUAAAAUUUACGAUGAGUAAAUUCCAAAAGAGGUUUUUAUAAGCUCAAUUUAUAAUUAACAUUAAUUGGAAGCACAAAUAACAGAAAAUAAUGUUAAUAUAUCUAAUUAGUUGAGUAAAUUUUUAUCUGGAUUUAGAAAAAUUAAGAGUGAUCCAAACAGCUUUUUUGCUGCUUUAUCAUUUUAAUUCUUUUAAAUAGCUUUAAAAUAAUAAAAUCAAAGUCAAUUUGAAAAUGAUUUAAGUUGGAUUUAAAAUUUGAAUAUUGCUAUUAAAACUAGAUAAUUUAUAAUUGAUGAUAAUUAUUUUUAAAAUCAUCAAAAUUACUUUUUAUAAAAAAUUUAAGAAAUUUAUGUUUCAAGAAACCCAGAAGAGUAAUUAGAACAAAUAAUGAAUGAUAGACAAAGUUAAUUUUAUGGGCUUUCUAUUAUAUAUUUUAGAAAUUUGAUUUCAUAAUUAAUAAUAGAUGAAAAUUCUGAUAAAAAUGAAGAAGCAGAGGAAAUAAAAUUUUGGGAGAAUAGUUUAAGUAAUGCAAAUAAUAUUUUUGAAUUGUUAGCUGAGAGACUAAAAAUGUAUAAUUAUUGAUAAUUUUAGCUAAAUUCAUGAAUAUAAUAUAAAUAAAUAGAAAAGUUAAGUGUAUAAAUAAAUUUAUGGGGAUGACACAGAAAGAUAGAUCCAUUUAUUGUGUUUAGAUGAGCAUUAUGAUAUAGGAAUUAGCAAAUUUUGA